GAAUGGCGUACAACUUACAAUGGAAGUAGAUACUGGCUCGCCUGUCUGCGUAAUUUCCAAAAACGUGUUUGACAAGCAUCGCGAACAGUGGCCAGCGCUUAAACCUUCUCAGGUGAAGUUGUCAUGCUACGUUGGACCACUCCCAGUGAUGGGGGAAUUGCAACUUUGUGUGCAAUACAGGGCCGUCUCAGUUUACUGCCGUCUUAUUGUACUGAACUGCUCGGGACCUAACCUGUGUGGCCGGGAUCUGAUUUCCUUGCUCCACAGAGCGGGGGUUCCAGUUUUGCAGCCGUCGGCACAAGACUUGCUACACUCAACGCCAGAACCCGCUGGGGCAGUUCACAACAUUGUCGACGACUACCACGACGUCUUCUCCAAGGAUCUUGGCCUGAUCAAGGGGCCUCCAGCCACAUUGCAGCUGAAAGAGGGAGCGGUGCCGAAAUUCUGUCGCCAAUUCACUCUCGUGACGGACCACCAGCCCCUCUUGAGCUUGUUGCAAUCCGACCGCCCGACGCCACCCCUGGCUGCAGCACGUAUCCAGCGCUGGGCACUGUACUUGGGUGGCUACCGCUACAAGCUGCAAUACACGCCGGGAAAACAGUUGCUCAACGCGGACGCCCUGAGCAGGCUGCCACUGCGGUCUACGGAGGCUGAUGACGUGGACUCGCCGCCGGCAUCAGAUGACUGGGUGGUCCCCAUAGAAAGCAACGUGUACGUGCGGAACUACGGUGUCGGAGAAAAGUGGACACCAGGGCGUGUGCAGUCCACUGCAGGAUCCCGAAUGGUGACCGUCCAAACUCCUCAUUCUGUAGUCAGACGCCACGUUGACCAAGUGCGCCCUCGACAAGCAUCGCAGCCCCCAUCGCCGGGCUCUGCAUCCUUAUCAGAGUCUAAUAUGUCCAUGCUGCCGAAACGAUCGCCGGGGCCCUCAACUACAAGCUCCACCGUGCUGCCUCCAGAAGCGCUCACUACCGCAAGCCCCCACGACCAUCCAGUGCCAACCAUGCCACAGGCCGGUCCUACACAAGCGGCGACCCCAAGCGCGGAACCAGUGCUUCGGCGUUCUACCAGACAACGCAAGCCAGUACAACGGUUCCAUUUUUAAGAAGAGAGAAGUGUUGCGAACUGAACUCUCCUACUUCUACGUCCCCCCCUUUCCCCCCUUCGUGUUUCUGUCGAUGGCUGAAGCGAUAGCCAUUCCCGCCCCCCUUUUCCCCCUCUCCCUGCUUCGUAGAUGAAGCUACAAAAGAAGCUUGCGCGAAACAAUAAACGUUCACUCGUUGCCCUA